AUGCCUAAAGCUGCAUCUGCAAAGCACAAAUCAUCUAUCAAAUCACAUUUCAAGGCUGCAAAAGGAGCCACUGCCAAGACAUUGAAAUCUUCGCCAUCCAAGCCAUACAAACAAGAGACUGAUGUUGUAGAGAUAAACGACCAAGAAGACUCAGAUCUCAACGAAAAUAGCAAUGAGUGGAAUAAUCUUCACAGCUGGGCAAUGCAGAGGAUGGAUUUCAAUGAGCCUCUGCAUUCGACCAACAAAACCAAAGUUGACAUAAUACUGAGAGUGUUUGACAACUGCUACGAAUACGGCCCUUGCCUUGGAUAUGGAUCCACCUGA